AACAGCAAUUCCAAAACCAUGCACCGAAGGCACACCACGCUCCGGGAGAAGGGCCGGAGACAGGCCAUCCGGGGCCCAGCCUACAUGUUCAACGAGAAGGGCACGAGCCUCACGGCGGAGGAGGAGCGUUUCCUCGACUCCGCGGAAUAUGGCAACAUUCCCGUGGUGCGGAAAAUGCUGGAGGAAUCCAAAACCUUGAACUUCAACUGCGUGGAUUACAUGGGGCAGAACGCCCUCCAGCUGGCUGUGGGCAACGAGCACCUGGAGGUGACGGAGCUGCUCCUCAAGAAGGAGAACCUGGCCCGGGUGGGGGAUGCCCUCCUGCUGGCCAUCAGCAAGGGCUACGUGCGCAUCGUGGAGGCCAUCCUGAACCACCCGGCCUUCGCGCAGGGGCAGCGCCUCACGCUCAGCCCCCUGGAGCAGGAGCUCCGAGACGACGACUUCUACGCCUACGACGAAGACGGGACUCGCUUCUCCCACGACAUCACCCCCAUCAUCCUCGCCGCCCACUGCCAGGAGUACGAGAUCGUCCACAUCCUGCUCCUCAAAGGCGCGCGCAUCGAGAGGCCGCACGACUAUUUUUGCAAGUGCAACGAAUGUAUCGAGAAGCAGAGGAAAGACUCCUUCAGCCACUCUCGCUCCAGAAUGAACGCCUACAAAGGAUUAGCCAGUGCUGCUUAUUUGUCCCUUUCCAGUGAAGACCCUGUCCUUACUGCCCUAGAGCUAAGCAAUGAAUUGGCCAGACUAGCCAACAUUGAAACUGAAUUUAAGAACGACUAUCGGAAGUUAUCUAUGCAAUGCAAGGACUUCGUGGUGGGGGUGCUGGACCUGUGCAGGGACACUGAGGAGGUGGAGGCCAUUCUGAAUGGAGAUGUCAACAUCCACCUGUACCCUGAGCACCACCGGCCAAGCCUGAGCAGGAUUAAACUCGCCAUCAAAUACGAGGUCAAAAAGUUUGUGGCUCACCCCAACUGCCAGCAGCAGCUGCUCACCAUGUGGUACGAGAACCUCUCGGGCCUACGGCAGCAAUCCAUAGCUGUGAAGUUCUUGGCUGUCUUUGGAGUCUCCAUUGGCCUGCCCUUCCUUGCCAUAGCCUACUGGAUCGCUCCCUGCAGCAAGCUGGGACGGACCCUCAGAAGUCCCUUCAUGAAGUUUGUGGCCCACGCAGUUUCUUUCACAAUCUUCCUGGGGCUGUUGGUGGUGAACGCCUCGGAUCGGUUCGAGGGAGUCAAAAAUCUCCCCAACGAGACCAUCACGGAUCACCCCAAACAGAUCUUCAGAGUCAAAACAACUCAAUUCUCCUGGACAGAACUGCUCAUCAUGAAGUGGGUGCUGGGUAUGAUCUGGUCAGAGUGCAAGGAGAUCUGGGAAGAGGGGCCACGGGAAUAUGUGGUGCAUCUCUGGAACCUGCUGGACUUUGGGAUGCUGUCCAUCUUUGUAGCAUCAUUCACUGCCAGGUUCAUGGCUUUCCUCAAAGCCUCUGAAGCACAACAGUACGUUGACCAGUACGUUCAAGAUGAUGACCUCAACAACGUCACCCUUCCCCCUGAAGUUGCUUAUUUUACCUAUGCCAGGAACAAGUGGCUCCCCUCGGAUCCCCAGAUCAUUUCAGAAGGCCUGUAUGCCAUAGCUGUGGUACUCAGCUUCUCCCGCAUUGCUUACAUUCUUCCAGCCAACGAAAGCUUCGGCCCCCUGCAGAUCUCCCUGGGCAGGACUGUGAAGGAUAUCUUCAAGUUCAUGGUCAUCUUCAUCAUGGUGUUCCUCGCCUUCAUGAUCGGAAUGUUCAACCUUUACUCCUACUACCUUGGUGCAAAGUACAACCCCGCGUUCACCACGGUAGAAGAAAGUUUUAAAACCUUAUUCUGGUCAAUAUUUGGCUUAUCUGAAGUGAUAUCUGUGGUGCUGAAGUACGACCAUAAAUUCAUUGAGAAUAUUGGAUAUGUGCUCUACGGAGUCUAUAACGUGACCAUGGUGGUGGUGCUGCUCAACAUGCUAAUAGCCAUGAUCAACAACUCCUAUCAGGAAAUCGAGGAGGAUGCAGAUGUGGAGUGGAAGUUUGCACGUGCCAAGCUCUGGCUGUCCUACUUUGAUGAAGGAAGGACUUUACCUGCUCCUUUCAACCUAGUGCCAAGCCCUAAAUCAUUUUAUUAUCUCAUACUGAGAAUAAAAAUGUGCCUCAUAAAACUCUGCAAAUCUAAGGCCAAAAGCUGUGAAAAUGAUGUCGAGAUGGGGAUGCUGAAUUCCAAACAACGGGUACGUUUUAUCUUCACUUUUCAGCUUCUUUCUGGAAAGGAUUCCUGCCAGGGACCUUCUGGAGGGGGUGGCAUGGUACAGAGGGAGAUCAGGGCCAGCCCAGCCUCUCACUGCACCUCUGCAUUGUCUUUUGUGUUCUCCUUUCAGAAAAUCAUGAAGCGUCUGAUCAAACGAUACGUGCUCAAGGCUCAGGUUGACCGAGAAAACGAUGAGGUCAACGAAGGAGAACUUAAAGAGAUCAAACAAGACAUUUCUAGUCUGCGCUAUGAACUCUUAGAAGAGAAGUCCCAAGCUACUGGUGAGCUGGCAAAACUAAUACAGCAGCUGAGUGACAAGUUUGGGAAGACCUUAAAUAAGGACAUUUGAUGGUGAAUACAGAAAGGCAACUGGUUUUCUAAAUAUUAUUCAGU